AGUAUAAUUGUUUAUUAAUUUGAAAGCUUAUCAAUUUCGAUUUAUCUAAAAUAAAUAAAAAUUUACAAAGAUUAAUGGUAAAUUUUUAUUAUGAUAAAUAAUUAUUAUAAAUUAACGCUCUUAUUAUUAUUCAUUAAAAUAUGUUAUAAAUUAUAUUAAUAUGUACCUACCAAAUACUAUGCAUACUUUGAAUAAUAUAAUAAUAUAUAAUUUAAUUAUGUAAUAUUGUUAUAUUAAACACAUAAUAUGACUACAGAUAAAGUUUUAUUUAAAAUCUUUUCUUUUUUAACAUUGAAUAAAGAUUUCCUAAAAAUGGAUCGUUCCCAAAAAUAAUAUCACUAAAUAUAUUAAGAAAUAAUAUACAUAAUGAAAUUAUUUUGUGUUUAGCACUAUAUAAAAUUGAAUGAUUUUGAAAUCAUUUUCUUCAUAACAUACUUGAGAUAGACAUUAGCGCAUAAGAGGGCGGUAUUGUAAUAGCGACUGCGCAAUCAAUCGAAAUAGCAUGAUACAAUAUACAUGUAUAGUAUAGAGGUGGGGAUAUUUCUUCUAGUAUCUCUCUCGUUUCAUUCGUUAGUAUGGUUUUUAGUAAGUUCGAAUUUAUACAAGAUUUAUGAUGUUUAAUCGCGCUUAAAUAGUGAAUGAUAAUAACGAAAUAUGCAAUAUUUAAUUUAUUUUGCUUUCUCGUAAAAAAGUUCGUAUAUGUUCGUAUGUGAAUGCGCCUCAAUUUUAUAUUUUUCUAUAUUUUGUCGUACUGUUAUCAAUAUGUGUCACUGAGUUUUUUCAAUCACAAAUUUAUAUAUUUCGGUAAUUAUAUGAAAAAUGUCGAAAUCGGGUGACAAACAAAGUUACGCGCAGACAUAUAAACUUGUUGUUGUUGGUGCGGGUGGUGUCGGAAAAUCUGCGAUCACAAUACAAUUCAUUCAAAGUUAUUUUGUAACUGAUUAUGAUCCAACAAUUGAAGAUUCUUAUACCAAACAAUGUGUUAUUGAUGAUAUUCCUGCAAAACUUGAUAUUCCAUAAUGAAUCAUGGGUUUGUUAUUUAUUAGAUACAGCAGGUCAAGAAGAAUUUAGUGCAAUGCGAGAACAAUAUAUGAGAAGUGGUGAAGGUUUCCUUCUUGUGUUUUCAAUAACUGAUCUUUCAUCUUUUGAUGAAAUAUUAAAAUUUCACAAGCAGAUACUUAGAGUAAAGGAUCGAGAAGAGUUUCCUAUGCUUAUGGUUGGUAACAAAGCUGAUUUGGAUUAUCAUAGAGUUAUUGAAGUUGAAGAAGCACAAAACAGAGCUCGUCGAUUAAAAAUUCCUUACAUUGAAUGUAGUGCAAAAUUAAGGAUGAAUGUUGAUCAAGCUUUUCACGAAUUAGUGAGAAUUGUCAGAAAAUUUCAAUUGUCUGAAAGACCACCAUUAGAACUAAAUUAUAAGAAAAAUAAAAAGAAAUGUUGUAUGUUAUAAUA